AUGGUGGAAUACAGCUUUCAUUCCUUCCCUGAGGUAGAGGCUGCCGCAGGAGGGUGUCCGGACUGUAGGCUGAAGGAGAACACUCGCUUCUCUAGACCAGGGAAGCCCAUUUUCCAGUGCAAAGGCUGCUGCUUCUCUCGUGCUUAUCCCACACCAAUGCGGUCCAAGAAAACCAUGCUGGUCCCCAAGAAUAUCACUUCAGAGGCAACAUGCUGUGUGGCUAAAUUAUUUUCCAAGGUGACUUUAAUGGGAAAUCUGAAGAUUGAAAAUCACACGGACUGUCACUGCAGUACUUGUUACUAUCACAAGUCCUGA